CGCCAUGAUGCUGAAGCCUUCCCCACCAUGUUUUCGCAACGAUUUCCUAUUUGGUUUAUGUAUGGAUCAUGGAGAAGAUGGAAGUUUGGAUUCUCUCCAUCUGUAUCCACAUGUUCGAACCUCGGCUGUGCGACUCCGCAUCGUCGUCUUGGUCUUAUUUAGUCUCACAUCGUCGCAACAGUAUGAUCGUAUUUUCAAGUGUAUAAUCAUUUAUCGUCUUAAUUAACUUCAUCAUGUCUCUCGAUAACUCUCUCCAGCUUGCCCGCCAAUUCAUCCAAACGGCUCUUUCGCACCUCCCCGAGCCUGCGCAACAUGCUCUGCAAACUCCACUCGCACAAAAGACUAUCACUGGUCUUGUCGCUCUGGGACUCUUGCGACAGAUCAAUAGUUCUUUGUCACACUGGUCGCUGAACAAUUGGCAGCGCGCGCUUCCAUGGAAGGGUGACAAAGAACUUGUCCUCAUUACCGGUGGAAGCAGUGGUAUUGGAAAGCAGAUCGUGGAGGAUCUGUCCAAGGCGGGAGUUCGCGUGGUGAUUUUGGAUAUCCAGGAUCCAUCCUUCAAGCUGCCCUCGAAUGUCACAUUCUAUAAGACCGACAUCACAAACUCAGCCGCCAUCAAAACAGUCGCGGACCAGAUCCGCGCCAACCAAGGCGAACCCACCGUCAUUGUCAACAACGCUGGUGUGGGAUACGAUGGCACGAUUCUUGAUGAGCCCGAGGCUAAGAUCCGCUUGACCUUCGAAGUUAACACUAUGGCGCAUUUCUGGACUGUCAGGGAGUUCUUGCCAAACAUGAUCAAAAACAACCACGGCCAUAUAAUCACAGUGGCCAGUAUGGCGAGCUUCGUGUCGCUGGGUGAGAUGGCAGAUUACUCGUGCUCCAAGGCGAGUGCAUUGGCCUUCCACGAGGUGUUGAACCAGGAGUUGCGACACUGGUACGAUGCUAGGAAGGUUCGAACCAGUAUCAUCCACCCUCUCUGGGUCCGUACCCCUAUGAUCCAGCAGCUCUCCGAUGCUGGAAAGGACUUCAAGCAGCCCAUUAUGACCCCCGAGCUGGUUUCGAACGCAGUCGUCAAGCAGAUCCUUACACAGAGCAGUGGCCAGGUGAUUCUUCCUGCCAUGAACUCGAGUUAUAGUCUGGUCAGGGCAUUCCCGUCGUGGAUGCAGGAAGGAGUUCGGGGGAUUGGAUCUGGGAUUUUGAAGCACAUGCGGAAUGCGCAGCCAGAUGCGCACUUGUAGACAAAUGUUCAUUGUGUGAUGUAUGAUGUACUUUUUAUAUCCAUGCUUGCCAUUCUAUUAUGUGAUUAUUUGAUUCUACUGUUCGUGUAGAUAGG